GUUUGGAGCUCCCCGUUUUGGAGGAAGUAGAGGUGGACCUCUAUCUGGGAAGAAAUUUGGAAACCCUGGGGAAAAACUUACAAAAAAGAAAUGGAAUUUAGAUGAGUUGCCCAAAUUUGAGAAGAACUUCUAUCAAGAACAUCCUGAUGUAGUCAGACGUACUGCGCAAGAAGUUGAACAGUACAGAGCAAGCAAAGAAGUCACAGUUAGGGGCCAUAACUGUCCAAAACCGAUUAUAAACUUCUAUGAAGCUAACUUCCCUGCAAAUGUUAUGGAAGUAAUCCAGAGGCAGAACUUCACUGAACCAACUGCUAUUCAAGCACAAGGUUGGCCUGUUGCAUUGAGUGGACUGGAUAUGGUUGGAGUGGCACAGACUGGAUCAGGGAAAACGCUGUCUUACUUGUUGCCUGCUAUUGUGCAUAUAAAUCAUCAGCCAUUCCUGGAGCGAGGAGAUGGACCUAUUUGUCUUGUGCUGGCCCCAACUCGUGAGCUGGCGCAGCAAGUGCAGCAGGUAGCUGCUGAAUACAGCAGAGCAUGUCGUCUGAAGUCUACGUGUAUUUAUGGAGGUGCUCCAAAGGGACCACAGAUUCGUGACCUGGAAAGAGGUGUGGAGAUCUGCAUUGCAACACCUGGAAGACUUAUAGACUUCUUAGAAGCUGGAAAGACCAAUCUCAGGAGGUGUACUUACCUUGUCCUUGAUGAAGCUGACAGGAUGCUUGACAUGGGAUUUGAACCUCAGAUCAGAAAAAUUGUGGAUCAGAUUAGACCUGACAGGCAGACCCUGAUGUGGAGUGCCACAUGGCCAAAGGAAGUAAGGCAGCUGGCUGAAGACUUCUUGAAGGAGUAUGUGCAUAUCAACAUUGGAGCGUUGGAACUCAGUGCUAACCACAACAUCCUUCAGAUAGUGGAUGUGUGUCAUGAUGUAGAGAAAGAUGACAAGCUGAUUCGUUUAAUGGAAGAAAUAAUGAGUGAGAAGGAAAACAAAACAAUUGUUUUUGUGGAAACCAAAAGACGGUGUGAUGAUCUUACCAGGAAGAUGAGGAGGGAUGGGUGGCCAGCAAUGGGUAUUCAUGGUGAUAAAAGUCAGCAGGAGAGGGACUGGGUUCUAAAUGAAUUCAAACAUGGAAAAGCACCAAUCCUGAUUGCUACAGAUGUUGCAUCCAGAGGUCUAGAUGUGGAAGAUGUGAAAUUUGUCAUCAAUUAUGACUACCCUAACUCCUCAGAGGACUAUAUCCACCGAAUUGGACGAACUGCCCGCAGUACCAAAACAGGCACAGCAUACACAUUCUUUACUCCUAACAAUAUUAAGCAAGUAAAUGACCUCAUCUCUGUGCUUCGUGAGGCUAAUCAAGCCAUCAACCCCAAAUUGCUUCAGCUGAUUGAAGACAGAGGUUCAGGUCGCUCCCGAGGUGAUCGACGUGACAGAUACUCUGCGGGCAAAAGGGGUGGAUUUAGUAGUUUUAGAGAGAGGGAGAACUUUGAGAGAAACUAUGGUCCCCUAGGAAAGAGAGACUUUGGAGCAAAAACUCAGAACGGGGCGUACAGCGCCCAGAGUUUCAGUAAUGGCACACCUUUUGGCAAUGGCUUUGCGGCCGCGGGCAUGCAGGCCAGCUUCCGGGCCGGCACCCCCGCCGGGGCCUACCAGAACGGCUACGAGCAGCAGUACGGCAGCAACCUGGCCAGCAUGCACAACGGCAUGAGCCAGCAGCAGUACGCCUACCCUGCCGCCGGCACCGCCCCCAUGAUCGGCUACCCCAUGCCGACGAGCUACUCUCAAUAGCUUAGUGUAUUUAAAUGUCUCAGUUUUUCAUAAUUGCUCUUUAUAUUGUGUGUUAUCAAAACAGGAUAGUUAUUUAAGAAAUGGGAAAUGCAGAAAUGACUGCAGUGCAGCAGUAAUUAUGGUGCACUUUUUCGCUAUUUAAGUUGACUAUUUCUCUACAUUCCUGAAACAAUUUUUAGUUUUUUGUACUAGAAAAUGCAGACAGUGUUUUCAAAGUUAAAUGUACAGUGAUUUGAAAUACAGUAACAGAAGGCAGUGCAUGGCCUUCCAAUAAAGAUAUUUGAAGACCGAAUUUUCUUUCAGAUGGCGAUUUUUCUCAACGUGCACAACUUUACAUUAAUGGAAUGUCAAAUGUUUUUUAUAUUAAAUUCUAGAAAGGUUU